CACGUCAGUCUGAGGGACAUCAAGAUGCUGCUUCUGUGCGUCACACCCAUGGCUCUGUUGCUGCAAGUGGCCGUGGUGCACGGUGCCACAUGGGGGUACACCAGGUCAAAUGGAGAAACUCAGUGGUUGAAAAACUUUCCUUACUGUGGUGGAGCGGUGCAGUCACCAGUGGACUUCAAGACAGAGAAGCUGGUGUUCGACCCUACUUUACUUCCAAUUGGCGUUCACAACUAUGCCUUGCCAGCUAAUGAAGAGCUUGUUCUAGGAAAUAACGGACAUACACUACUUCUAUCACUCCCGUCAACAAUGUACAUUUCCAAGCUGCCUCAACGCUACUCUGCAGCCCAGCUGCACCUCCACUGGGGCUCAGUCACCAAGCCUUUAGGCUCCGAGCACACGGUCAACAGCAAGCAGUAUGCUGCAGAGCUGCACAUUGUACACUUCAACUCUGAGAAGUACACUGACGUAGCCAUGGCUUUUGACAAGUCUGACGGUCUGGCUGUGCUGGGUAUUUUCAUAAAGAUUGGUGAGUUUAAUCCCACCUAUGACAAAUUCAUCAAGCACCUCAGUAAAAUCUCAAACAAAGGGACAAAAACAAAAAUCCCUGCCUUCAACAUCAGAAAGCUCAUGCCGACUCGUCUGGAUGAGUAUUACCGCUAUGACGGCUCACUGACAGCUCCUCCAUGCUACGCAAGUGUACUGUGGACCGUGUUCAAGAAUCACGUCACCAUCUCUAAGGAGCAGUAUAAAACCUUGACGACAGCUCUCUUUGCCUCCGGAGCCAAGCAAAACACACCUGUUCCUCUUAUAGGCAACUUCAGGAAUCCGCUCCCCGCUGAACACCGAGUUGUCCUGACGUCCUUUAAGGCUGCUGCUCAAACUUGGAUGAACUCUGAAAACAAACAUCCUAAUCUACGAUUUGACUCCCUCGAAAGGCCUUGACUCUGUGAACAACAGGAACAGGCUGUUCUGGAAAACACCGCCGAGGACGCUUUUGACCUCCCUCUCUCCUCAACGACACCUGGAGUCGAACUUUUGCAGAUCGGCCUCAGUCUAUAAAAAAACAUUACAUCAUCACACCCAAGACAAUUGGGCACACAUGUA